AUGACUUCGAGAAAGAGAAGAGCUUCCACGAAAAGGAAUAAACCAGAUUCACCUUCUUCCUCGCCAACUCCUUCAUCGAGUGAAGAAAAUAAUUCACCAAAAUUGAAACAAUCCACCUCCUCAGCCUCAUCCUCAUCCUCUUCAAAGAAAUCCACUCGAGCUAAUUUAGCAGUAGCAGCAGAUCAGAAAUAUAAUGAUGAGGAUAUGAGAAAUUCAAUUCCAUUCAUUACACCCCAACACAUUAAGAAGGAAAUGGGAAUGAUGAAACUGAAUGGGCAUGUUAAUGAUUUGGAUAAUUGUUUUUCUGAAAAUUCAAUUCUUUUCGGAAAGGAAAUUAAUUCCUCAAGGAAACGUUCAAUUGUCUCGAUUGUGCACCAACAAGAUGAAAAUUUCAAAAAAUCACAUUUGAAACAAUCCAAUAAUUCAACGAGUUGUGUAUUAAUAGGUGCCAAGAAGAGAAAACAAACGAGACCAGUUCAAGCUCCUGUUCCUUCCUUUCAAUAAUAAUAUUGGAAAAAGAAUUUGAAAUUUUCAUAUAAUUGAGUUUAUUCAAUUCCAGAUAGAGAAUAUCUGAAUCUGGAAUGCUAGAGAGUAAUGAUGAUUUUAUGUAAAUAUGUGUAAAAUAUUAAACGAAUAUUAUUU